AUGGAGUCUCUGUAUCAUCCGUUGACCGAACAUGACGAACUGAAUGUAGGCGAGAAAAGGGUCCUCGACUCGCCAUUCGACAGACACAUCAGGAUUCCAAGUCAUUACAGGCGUUACUUACAACAUCCAUAUCUUGUGUGGGUGUGUCAUGGGAUUCUACUCUCGCUAUCACUUGUAUUCUUUGUAUCGUCAUUGGUAUUACGCGCCAAUAUCCAUUCCAGUGUCGGUUCAAGCAUACCAACAUUUCCCUACUCUCCAGCCGCAGAGGUAGCCGACUUCCAUACCGUUCGCUACAACAUCACACCAGAAACAAAAAAGACCGAGUUCAUCGGAUUUGGCCCCGACGUCGAUAAAGCAUGGGAUCAUGUCACGUAUGAUGUUGGUGACCAAAUGAUCACACGCGACGAGCUCGACAACCUCGGUCUCGACCCUUCCUCACUCACCAUCAAGGACCCCAAGACAGGCAAAACGGGUUAUCGUGUUGGAAUACAAGUGUUCCACCAGCUCCACUGCCUCAACCUACUAAGGCAGGCAACCCACAGUGAUUAUUAUUCACACACAGGAGGAGACAUUGACGUUGAUCCUGAGGACCUCAGAGGGCAUUUGGAUCACUGUAUUGAGUUCUUGAGGACCAAUAUUAUGUGUCAGAGCGACACUGGCGUUUUUCCAUUCAGAUACUAUGAUGGCUACGAGGGACACUGGCCGGACUUCAGUACUCUGCAUACAUGUCGUAACUUUAGCGCUAUACGGGAGUGGGCGUUUGAACACGCAGUUGUCUUUGGCGAUGAACAAUAG